AUGCCCUCCGGAUCCUCAAAAUCCUCCCGAGUCAUUUUUUACCCCAUCCGACGCGAUGGGGAACCCAUCGUCGCCCACAUUCCUCUUCGAGCCCAGACAUCCUUCGCUUCCAGCGUUGGAUCCGUCGAGCUGAUGCCUUCGGCCUCGCGGUCUGCUCAGCAGCGCGCUCUGCGCCGUAGUCGAUCCAGAACCGCCCCUUACAUGGUUCCUCGUCAACCAGCACCAGGUACCUCAAGAGGGUUGGGUCAGCGUCAUCCUCGCGAGCGCACGGCUGGUCCGUCGCGCCUGGGCGCUGCUCGAGUGAAGAUCGAAGAGGAUGAUGAUGCGCAUGGAGAUAACACUCAUGAAGCUGGUGGACCCGCCCCUGCUGCGCCCCCGAGGGUUACCCGUCCCUCUGGCGCUCCUCCGGUGGCACCGCCAGUAGCGCCUCUGCCGCCUCCGGCGCCACCGGCGGUAGCUGAUGUUCCCGCUGCGCCUCCGCUGCGCCUCCCCAUGCCCCCGGCUGCUGCUGUACCUGCCGCGCCUCCCUUCGGCCAAGGUCCUCCCGCUAUGGCACCUCCUCAACCCCCUGCCGUACCUCAGGUUCCCCCUUUGCAGGCGGCUGUGCCUCUUGCUCCCGCUCCACACCCAGCGUUCCCCGCCGCACCCGCAGCUGCAGUACCUUUUGCGCAGGCGGCUGCAGCAGCUCACCAUGCUCUCCACGACAUGUACGAGACCGCGCCCAAUCAGACGGCCAUCUAUGGGAUGAAUUGGAACUGUCUCUGCUAUUAUCGGCAUGGGAUCCGUGGGCAAGCUCUGCCUGAGCACUGCCAUCCUCCGCCGCUUCCAGGCCACCUUCGCCCUUUGGAAAAUGACAGAAUCUUCGUCAUUUUUGUCAACGAUUUUGAUCCAUGGUCAUUACCGCAGAUAUGGAUACACGAGGCGCAGGAUGGCGCUGAUGCACAGUGGCAUCGUACACAAAAUGGCUGCCGCCGGCUUGUGGACGGUCGAUCCUAUUAUCUUUGCGUCGAUAGAGAUAGGUUGGCGGUGCGCUGGUUAUCACAUUCUUACUAUAAAAGGGUAGAGCUUGCGCGUAAACAACCGAGACGUCUUCGUCAAUAG